GGCUGGUGGAGCUGGAGGUGUUGCAGGGGUUCCUUGGAGGACCGUGCUGUGCUGAGCCCAGAGGAGCGCCGUGCUGCUGCGGUGGCCUCGCGCGUCCAGAGGGGAGGCAGCUUUUGUUGUCGGUGACAAACGUGCCCUGGCGGUAAUGCAAGCUCAUUGAGGUGGCUUUUUUCUUCUUUUAAAAAGGACUUUAGCACCAGGAUAGUAAUGGAAACCACUUUCGGUUUGUUUAUGGACCACAACGAUUACGGAGGAACAAAUUUUGCAGUUUGUUUUUUUUUGUAAAAGUCUAAAAAUCAUGGAUCUGCUGUAUGUAGUUAACUUGCAGUUUGUUUGAAGGGGUCCCAUCAGUGAAGUGGAAACAGAUUGUUUUUUUUUUCUAACUGACUGCUUUUAGUUAAAUCUAAAAUUGCUGUCUUUGUCAAGUUAAUCUGUUCCCUGCCUCGCUCUUUGUAAGCAUGUUAAACAAUCCACAUUAAAUGCCAUAAAUAUGAAAUAUGAGGAAAUGGUACAAUCCUAAGCUAAAGAGAACUUAAACCAAAAGGAGGUUUUGCUGUCCUUAUUAGAAUGUUCUAAAAUGUCAAGGCAGUUGCUUGUGUUUAACUGUGAACAAAUAAAAUGUAUUGUUUUGCACUACUAAGUGUUACAUUCCCUGCAAGCCUCUCCUGGGGACCGAGCUGUGCUGAGACAACGUGCAGAAACCAACUGAAGCAUCUUCCAAGAUCUGCGAGCAGAACAGCAUUGAGCAGAACAGCAUUGAGCAGAUAAGUGCUUCUGCCCCUUUUUGCAUGGGGUUCAUCUGUUAGAAUUUGAACAGCACGCACGAGGGCAUGGUACAAGUCAGUGUGCAGCUGUCUGUGAAAACACAAUCGCUGAAUGGUAGUGCUUAGGAAGAAUGUUGUAUAACCUUAAGCCUUAUUCCAGGUAUUGGGUGAUGGGGAAAGCUGCUUUUGGUCCUCCUGCAUUGGACAAGAAAACAGAAAGUUCAUCUGAGCUCAUUUAGAAUCCUUUUUGCACAACCCUUAAGAAGUGUAGUGCUGGAAAGCUGAAUGUGCCAGUGUAAGAAUUGCAGGAUUGUGGUACCCACAGAAGUGUGGCCCCAAGAUAGAACAAGAAGAAACAAAAGCCACACUGUGUAACAGCGUAGUAGUUCGUAAACCUGGCUGCAAGCAAUAAAUACGCAAUAGGCACCAGGGAAGGAAAUCAAUAACUUUAUUUCAUGACUUUUAAGCACUUUUGCUGGUUGAUCUUGAUUUAUUUUCACCACUUCACUACCAGUGCAAUAGGCUGGAGUUAGAAAGUAGCUGGUUACAGAGCUCUGUGGGUGAAGCAUUGGGCGUUCAGUGCCCCACGUGCAUUCAGAGCCCCAUAUCAGCAUCUGGGGCUCCAGGGCAGGACACUUCACUUGCACGCUGACAGAAGUCAGAGGUAGCCCUUACCCCAAGGCAGUGAUGGGUGCUGGGGGUCCCCCUGAGCUCUGCUGCCUGCCGCCCUGCAGCCCUCUCAGUGUCUGAAUGAAAUGCAGCAUUUAUUUUCUCGGUGUACAUCAGCUCAGUGCCAGCACUCUCUUGAGGUUUUAUGCUCUCAGAGGCUAAAGUAAAACUUUAUGGCACUUCUGUGCUUGGCAUUUACAUCCUGUUUAUGUAAAUGCCUCAAACAGCUUGAUUUGUAAGAGAGAAAAACAAUUCUUGCUGUAUCUUUUUCCCUUUUGAAGUGUCCAUCCACUCUGGAAGAGGAGAACUUGUAUGGAAAUUAAGUAAUUUGUCUCUGUUUUUUUGAGGUUUAACUUUGUGUCUUUCCAACAGAUCCUGGUCGUGUCAUUACCAAACCCCAGACUGCAGUUUUAUGUGCUCAUUUUCCUGCUUGUGCCUUCAGAUUUUGCUUAAGACUGAUUGAAAGGAUAAGGCCAGGUUAGAAACGACUGCUGAAGUACGUGGAUUGUGUUUGUUGUGUGUGUCAGACCUCUGUCAAGCACGAGCGCUAACAGCAGGGCUGGAGAGGCAGCAGCUCUGGUGGCACUGCUCUGACACACACAGUUUGUGCUGUCGUAUGCUGUGGGAACUGAAAGGAGCUCCGGAGUGGAGGAUAAUUGCAGUGUGAUCAGAGCCUGCAUAUUCAAACCGAAAUGCCUUGGCAGCUGGCACUGGGACAGCCAGAAAAGAGAGCUGGGAAUUGUAUCCCUGGUGUCCCAACACUUGUCGCCCUGUAGUCAACAUAGCUGUGCUGGGUUUGGAAAACUUUCCAGGCCAGCAACUGUUAUCAGACACUUGUCUUUGCAACAUGAAACACAACCAGGCAGCUGCAGACAGCUUUGAUUUCCCUCCCCGAAGCUGCCUCUGCAACACAGCUCCCUAAUGAAGCACAUCUUGCUGCUGUGGCCCCGUUAGUGCCCAGGAGUCUGUGUGGCCUCAGGAAGGUUCGUUAUCAUUUUGGAGUUCAUCAUGUUUCAGUUGGAUUGUGAUGUCUCAUAAAAAUAGGCUUCUUCUCCAGAUGGGCAGACAUAGUAGAGAGCAGCACGUGGAGGCAGGGAAGGAAGGAAAGUGCAGAAGAAAGAGGGGCUAUGCGAGGAAUGACAGUGCUCCUGAAACUACUUCUUAUUUCAUCUGAGCUAUUGUUCCUUCCUAUGUUCCCUCCUCUGUGCUGUGUUAAUUCUCCCUUAUUUUCUGGCUGCUUGUUGCCAAACUCUGGUCCUAAAGCAACAGCUUUCCACAAUUUUUAGCAAACUGAGCCAAGUAUGCAAGGGGAAAUUGUUUAUUCAGGAGUGUCUUCCAGCAGGAAGCAAAGAACAGGAGCUAAUUUGCCUGUGGGAGGGGAAAAGAGCAGUCAGAUACAGGGAAGACAUAGCAUUAGUGAGAUCCUAAGUUUGUAGCUAACUGCAUUUGAAUAAAAGCACCACCACAGAUGCAUGUCAGCUGCAGGGAGUGGGGGCUCUGUGACUGCUGAGCCCCCUAAGCGGGCUGGGAAGAAAGCUGCUCUCAGCAAUGGUGGAAAGGUAUUGUGCUGGAAUUGCAAAGCGCUGUUAUAAAAGCAGUGUGAGACUAUUUCCAGUGCCUUUCAGUUUCAAUGAACGAGGUGUCAUAACACCCUUGAAAAUGAAGGAAGGUGGGUUCUUUCCUUGAAAAGGGGGAGAGACUUUUUUUUAACUUGUAGUUUGUGAAGAAAGGAACCAUCUGAAAAUGGCCACAGCUUUCUCAGUCUCUGCUUCCCUAAGAUUCCCAUUAAUCACCCUUAAUGAAAAGGACCUCCCAUUAGCUUUGCAGAGGUCUGGGAAGAAAUCCUUUAUAUCCCCAGCUCUGCUGACAGCAGAGAAGUCAAAAUGGGCAUAAGGAAGAUGUGCUGGGUGGUGUUACUGGUGAUGGUGUGAGGAUCUGCAAGGACCAGCAGAGCCCAGGCAGUGCAGCUAAACCAUGCUGACCUUUCCUAUAGCCAAUGGCAUUACAGACCUGUCAACGCUGAUUCUUUGGUCCAAAAAGCAGGUGAUUUCCAUGGGAUCAGCUAGGGUGGGGAAAUCUUAGGGAUAAGCCCAGUGUGAUUAGAAUCGGAUUGCUCCUCACUGUUACUCUCACCAGAAUACUUGCCAAAGGGACCAUGAGAGAUAAAGCUGCUUCUGUUGAGAUCUGACUUUCAAGAGGACAGUGGAAAUAGCAGCAAGGAAGAGGAGGGUGUAUCUGGCAGGACUAACUCUUCAGAUCUUGGAUCUCUAGUGUUCAUUUCACUAUCUUUAAUCAGCCACCUGAUUAAAGGCGGUUAAGUGGAAGACGCACGAACUUUGAUCCUUUAAAAGGCAUGUCUGCCAGGUGGUUUCCAGGGGCCUUUAAGUUUCCCAUUUUGAUUUUCUCUGUCAGUCUCGUGCUUCUUUCUGACAUGCUUAUUCCCCUGCACUUGUAUGCAAUCUUUGUUACUAACUGAGGUCUGAGCUUCAGGGUGGACGGAAGGUAUUUUGGGGGAAAUGGCUGCCCUAGCUGCUGCAUCCUGGGGUGCCCUCUUCUCAGUGACAGCACUUCCACCACUCACAUUACACAGCAUGCGCCGCGGCAGCUUCUCAGUGUGGGAUAGCCACUCCUUCACGCCAUCUAGGACAAUGGGGAUGAGGCUCACCACACCUCCGAAGUGAUUCUUUGCUUCGUCACAGCUCAGGUGAUUCACAACAUCGUGGGGGUAUCUGUGGGACAGAAGGAAGCCGUUUGUUGAGUAGUCCAGGCAAUGCAGCCCUGGUGAGCCCAGCAGUGCCUCCCUGAGGCCCACAGGGAAGGGUGGAGAUGUAGACAGCAAUGUCCCCAGGACAAAAGGGCACUGAUAGGACUUGAGAAAGGAGCUGUGCCGCACAUGGCAUUGUGGCUGCUGGCCUCAGCCUGCAGGAGUUCAAGAGCACAUGCAGACACCUGCUCCACAGAAAUUAACUAUACACAGAGCAGAAAUAGCAGGGAGGAGCUGGAAUUGUGUUACAACAGUAACCAACAGGGAGGUCAAGUAGGAAUAUGCGUUCUUGCAACAGUCUUACUGUAUCAGCAAUGGCCUCCACAGAAUUCAGCUGACAGAGGACGUACUUAGCUCGGAUGGUGCUCAGAUCAUUGCUGUGGUUAAGGAGCAGCUUGCAUCUUUCCAAAAUUUCAUUGGUUGUGCUGUUACCAGGAUGUAGAGUUUCCAGCUUGUGGCAGAGAUUGCUCAGGUCAUUACAGAUGUUUAGGAACAUGGUGAGGAUACGCCUGUCCGUUAAGUUGUUACAGUGGUGGUCCAUGUAGGACUGUACCUGCAGAGUGCAACAUGGGGAAAGACAGGGUCGUGCAUGUUAAAUUACAUUGUGAUAUGCUGCAAAGUUGCUUAGGUUAGCGAACAGCAGAUACUUUCUGGUGUGACCGAAGGAAUGGGCCACUAUGGAAACUGAUACAGAGGCAAGCAGUAAGCUUUCUAGGGCAUGCCUGAGAUGUUUCCUCAUCAUUGAUCACAGCUGAAGAGGGCUGGGGUAAUGGAUCUGCCUGUCAGCACGGUGACAAGCCUGCCUUCCCUCUUUGGAGAGAAGUAUGGCAGUACUGCAGCCAAAAACACAGCUCUGCUACGAGCACUACAGAAAUGGGUUGGGUGUAAGUAGGGAGUUUUCUGUCUCCUGCACUGCCACAGCUGCUUGCACAGAAUGGGGUGGGAGAUGGGGGUGGUGGCCAAACUGGGAGUGUUUUGGAGUAAUAGCAUGGAUGUGCUUGCAUACAUGCACAUUCUUCAUGGUUCUUUAUUUGGCACUAUAAGCUGUGACAGCAAAAUUAAAACCAUUUAAUCUGAGUUGUCCUUACUAACCUAUUAUAGCAAUGACAAUUCCCUAUUUGCCCUGAAUGGUUUUGUUACUCAGAGUAAAUGGCACUGCAUGGUGAAAGACUAUGCCAAGAGAUUCAGUAUCUGCUCCAAAGACAUUACAGACACUUUAGACAUGAGUGGUAGGAAUGUAAAACACGGGGUGGGGGGGGGUUGGCAGCCAUGGCUGGACUGUAAGACCUUCAGUGCCUUCUGUAAGACUUCAGCAUAAGAACGAAGGAACUGCUCUAACACCGGUAUGCUCUGUGCAUACAGAACAGCCAUGCUAUGCACCAGGGCAAAUUCUCAGCAGGUAUGUAAGAGAAAUAAAGAAGGCCCCUAAGGGUCCAUUUCCACUACAGAUUUCUCCUUCCUCUGUGUUCAUUGUGUGUUGUGUCCAUGUGAGUGGCAGGAUUUUUUUUUAUUGCUGCUCUGAGCAGAAAUGGUUCUAAAGAGAAUAACAUUUUAGCCUGGGUGUUCAUCAACAGGGUUACAGGACUUCUUUCUGUCCAUAGAAGAGAGUUAAUGCACCUACAUAUCCAGGAGGGGACCAGGAUAACAUGAGCAACAGCUUGCAAUGACCGCCUGGUUCUGCAGCAGGCAGUUGCUGGCUCUUAAGCUGCAGCCUGGGGAGCUCAGGGAGAGCUGGACUGAAGCCAUGAGCACAGCCAGGCUCGGCAGCAGAGGCACUUGCUGGGUUAUUUGAGUCUCUGAUUGAAGCAACUGACAGCACAGAAGAGCUGGAAAGCAACAACGGCAGCAGGAGGAUAAAAAAGGAGAAGAUAUACGACGACACAGCCCGGCGGUCCCCGGGCCCCAGGCAAACAUGCUUGAGGAGCUGUUAAUUCAUAAGCCUGAGGACCCCAUUGAGUUUAUGAUAGAGCAUUUAAAGCAGUACAACGACGAUGCUCCAAGGAUUUGCAUUCUCGGUCCGCCUGCUUCUGGUAAAACUACAAUGGCAAUACGGCUUUGUAAACAUUUGGAUGCCAUACGUAUCUCUCAGGAGACUUUGCUUUCCAAGGAAACAUUAGCUCUGACAAAGGAAGCAAAGGCAUAUAAAGAAAGAAAACAGAAAAUUCCCAACGCGCUUUGGGCCAAUCUGAUCCGGGAACGUCUGUCAAGCGUGGACUGCAUCAAACAAGGCUGGAUUUUGGAAGGCUUCCCUGAAAAUCAGGAACAGGCACGGCUGCUGCAAUCAGCUGGCAUCAUUCCGAGGCAUGUUGUUGUGCUCUAUGCUGCAGACACUACGCUGAUUGAGCGGAACAGUGGAAAGAGGCUCGAUCCCCUCACAGAAGAGGUGUACCAUACGACCUUUGACUGGCCAAAUGAUGUGCAGAUACAGCAACGUUUGGUGAAACCAGAUCUGUCUGAGGAGGAGAUGUCAAAACAACUGCUGGAAUACCAUAGGAACUUCCCCGGGGUGUUCCAGAUCUACCAAAAAAUUCUGAGAUCAAUCAAUGCAGACCAGCCUUGUGUGGAUGUCAUAUCACAAGCUCUUACCUAUGUCCAAACCCAGCACCGAUCAGCUGCCCCUUUUACUCCACGUAUUCUCUUUUGUGGCCCCCCAGGCAGUGGGAAGAGCCUGCAGGCAGCACUAAUAGCUCAGAAAUACAGCGUUGUCAACAUUUGCUGUGGGCAACUGCUAAAGGAAGCUGUUGCAGACAAGACAAAACUUGGAGAACUCGUUAAGCCUUAUAUUGACAACGGAUACCCAGUCCCAGACAACACUGUUAUGAAGAUCCUGGAGAAACGCCUAAAUGCACCAGACUGCAUGACCAGGGGCUGGGUGCUUCGUGGCUUCCCAAGGGACAUAGAGCAGGCAGAGAGGCUGCAAAAAGCAUGUAUUAUUCCAAACAGGGUAUUUUUCUUCAAUCUUCCCUACGAAUCCAUCAUCGAACGACUGUCUCAGCGGAGGAUUGAUCCAGUCACAGGGGAAAGAUACCACACAACACUCAGACCAGCACCCACUCCGAAGAUCCAAGCCCGCCUCAAGCAGAACCCCAAAGACAAGGAGGACAACAUUGAGAAACGCGUGGACAUCUAUCAGAGGAACGUCAAGGAUCUGGAGGAGUUUUAUGAAGACGCCUUUUAUGUCAAUGCUGAUCAAGAUCCGCAUCCUAUCUUUGAGUUCAUAGAAAGCUGUAUCAUUAAGCCCCUUCCAUGCAAAAAAUUAAAUGCUUCUAUUUAAUUUAG